CCCGUGCCCGCUCGUGGCAGGGCAGCGGCGGACCUGAGCUCGGUCCGGGAUCCGGGAAGCGGCGGCGGCCGGAGACCAGCGUCAGGAUCUCCGCCUCUCUCUGGGAACCAGGCCGGUGUCCCGAGGCAGCUGCUGGACAGCGGCUCCCAGGAGUUCGAGCGCCCGGUAGAGCGCAGAGCGGAACUGGCCGUCGCCGACGGGACGGCACUCGGAGGUAGUUCGUUCUCUCCGGGGUGCCGUAGGCAUCAGGUGACCGGGUUCCAGUGGAGUCACGUGACUCCGGGGCGCCCGGCCGGGCCAUGGCAGCCCCCAGGCCGCUGUCCCGCUUCUGGGAGUGGGGGAAGAACAUCGUGUGCGUGGGCAGGAACUACGCGGACCACGCCAGGGAGAUGCAGAGCGCCGUGCCGCGCGAGCCGGUGCUCUUCCUGAAGCCGUCCACCGCCUACGCCCCCGAGGGCUCGGCCAUCCUCAUGCCGGCCUACACCCGCAACCUGCACCACGAGCUCGAGCUGGCUGUGGUGAUGGGCAGGCGCGGCCGCGCCGUCCCCGAGGCCGCGGCCAUGGACUACGUGGCCGGCUAUGCCCUGUGCCUGGACAUGACCGCCAGAGACGUGCAGGACGAGUGCAAGAAGAAGGGGCUGCCCUGGACCCUGGCCAAGAGCUUCACGGCCUCCUGCCCGGUCAGCGCGUUCGUGCCCAAAGAGAAGAUCCCCGACCCUCACAACCUGAAGCUCUGGCUCAAGGUCAACGGCGAACUCAGGCAGGAGGGUGACACAGCCUCCAUGAUCUUUUCCAUCCCCUACCUUAUCAGCUACGUUUCUAAGAUAAUGACCUUGGAAGAAGGAGAUAUUAUCUUAACCGGGACGCCAAAGGGAGUCGGACCCGUUAAAGAAAACGAUGAGAUCCAAGCUGGCAUACACGGAGUCGUCAGUAUGAGAUUUAAGGUCGAAAGGCCGGAGUACUGAGUCUGUACCAAGCACCCUGACUUCUUAAGUUUCAGGAGAGAAGGGAGCUGGACAGAAGCCAGCAAAGGUUGUUAAAUGCGAUGAUGCUUUAAUAAGAAGUUAUUUUUCAGUAUUACUUAAUAAGAUCAUUAUGGCUUAAGGAAGAUGGACCCUUCCAGGAAAUUGUUAUCGGAAAGCUGGGCCAGAAAUGGAAAGAAUGAGUGUCUUUUAGGAAAGAAACAAAUUAGAGUUUUGAUGAAGCUUCCAGAGAGGAAAAUUCAUCAAACUAAAUGUUCAGAAGACUUCCUUUCCUUUCCUAAAACUGGACUGCCCAAGACUUUAACGUGAUUCAUUCUGUGAUCAGUAAUUCAACACUAAAAAUCCUGUUUCCUAAACUUCCUUGAUCAUGAUAAUCAUCUGGAGGUAUUUGUAAAAAUAAAACAAAUUCCACAUUACUGGCCCAUACCAGGCCCACUGUAUUAAUUGGCAGAAUUCAUCUCCAGCAUUCCGAGUGAUUCUUAUCAUGGAAAUGUGGAAAAAUGCUACUCCACAUAAUCAGUUAAUUUAAGAUGUAAUAAGUGAACAAUUAAUGACAACCUCACUCAUCCGUGCCAGAUUUGGGAGAUAAUUUUGAGACAAUUAUUUUCCAAAUAAAGAUGCUAUCUCGUGUUUGGCC